GAAGACAAGGCCCGAAGAACGAGAAGAAGAAGACGACGACGACGACGACUCCGACGACCGGCUCGUUAAAUUCACGUUUUGUUUUGUUUUGUUUUGAUUUUUGUCUCACACCCGUUCUACCAACUAGUUCUUGUCUUUCGUCCCCAUGGAGGUUCCGGGACCCGACAGCGACUGGAGGAGUCCUCAGUUCAGACAGAAAGUCGUCGCUCAAAUCGAGGAGGCCAUGAGGAAGGCGGGAAGCGGACACAACAAGUCCAGCACGGACAUGGAGAACCACGUUUACGUCAAAGCCAAGUCCAGAGAGGAGUAUCUGUCUCUGGUGGCCCGGCUCAUUAUCCACUACCGCGAAAUCCAAAAGAAGACACUGGGCGGUCCAGAUCCCAUCAACGCCCUGACUAACUUGACGGGCGUCGGAGGGGGCCCGGUCCCCGUCGGCAUGGGGCCCCGCCCCGCCGGCGCCCCCGUGGGGGGCAUGGGGGCCAUGGCGCAGAUAGGCCAGCACGCCAUGCCCGGCGUAUCUGGAAACCCGCAAAGCUUGGGGGGUCCCGCCCAGUUGUCCCUGCAACAGCAGCAGCAGCAGCAGAACUUGCAGUUCCAACAGUUUCAGGCUCAGCAGCAGCAGCAGUUCCAGGUUCAGCAGCAGUUGAGAGCCCAGCAGCAGCAGACCCAGCAGCAACAGAACCAGAUGCAUCAGUCCAGGAUGCAGCAGCAGCAGAUGGUGCAGUUGCAGCUGCAGCAGCAGCAGCAGCAUGCGCAGGCUCAGUCCAUCCAGCACUUGGUCCAGCAGCAGCAGGCGCAGCCGGGCCCCAUGCAGCCGCUCCUGCAGCAGCAACAGGGCGCCAUGGUGCCGCAGUCUUUGGCCGGGCAGAUGGCGCCGGCCCAGCACGUCCCCAUCAACUCGCUGAGUCAGCAGCAGCAGCAGCUCAAGAUGCAGCAGGCCUUCCAGGUCCGGGCAGCGAUGCAACAGCAGCAGCAGGCGCAGGCGCAGGCGCAAAUGGCCGCCGCGACAGGACAGCUGGUGCGACCCAACAUGCAGAUGCCGGCCCGGCUGACCCGCCCUCCUCUGGUCGGCUCCAUCCCGACCCCCAACGCCGCCGUAACUCAGCAGGCGCAGCAGCACGCCAUGAUGUCGUCGCCCUCGCCUGUGCAGGUCCAGACCCCCCAGUCCAUGCCUCCGCCCCCCCAGCCCUCUCCCCAGCCUCCCGCUUCGCAGCCCAACUCAGCCAGCUCCGGUCCCGCGCCGUCUCCGGGCGGGUUCCAGCCCAGCCCGUCCCCCCAGCCCUCGCAGAGUCCCUCCACCGCCAGGACGCCCCAGAACUACGGAGUCUCUUCCCCUGGCCCGCUCAGCACUCCUGGAAACCCAAAUUCCGUUAUGAGUCCGGCAGGGGCGGCGUCCCAGGAGGACCAGCAGUACAUGGAGAAACUCAAACAACUUUCCAAAUACAUCGAGCCACUACGCCGGAUGAUCAACAAGAUUGACAAGAACGAAGAACGGAAGAAGGACCUCAGCAAAAUGAAAAGUCUCCUCAACAUCCUCACGGACCCCAACACCAGGUGCCCUCUGAAGACUUUGCAGAAGUGCGAGAUCGCCUUGGAGAAGCUGAAGAACGACAUGGCGGUGGUGCCCACCCCUCCCCCGCCCCCCCUGGCGACCAAGCAGCAGUAUUUAUGUCAGCCCCUGCUGGACGCCGUCAUGGCCAACCUCCGCUCGCCGCUCUUCAACCACUCGCUGCACCGCACCUUCGCCCCCGCCAUGGCCGCCAUUCACGGCCCCCCCAUCACCGCCCCCCCCGUCUCGUCCCGUAAGAGGAAGUGUGACGAGGACGAGCGCCAGACGGUCCCCAACAUCCUGCAGGGGGAGGUGGCCCGCCUGGAUGUCAAAUUCCUGGUGCACCUGGACCCGGCCCACUGCAGCAACAACGGCGCCGUGCACCUCGUGUGCAAGUUGGAGGACAAAAACCUCCCCAGCGUUCCUCCGCUGCAGGUCAGCGUUCCUGCGGACUAUCCGGACCAAAGUCCCUACUGGGCCGACGGCGCCGAUCAGUAUGGCGCCAACCGCUUCCUGCAGGCGGUCCACAGGACGCUGGCGUCCAAACUGCUGCAGCUUCCCGACAAACACUCGCUGACGGAGGUUCUGCACACGUGGGCGCAGAGCGUCCGCCAGGCGUGUUUGUCCGCCGCCAGAUGAUGCCGCGACAAAACAGCGCGAGACCGCCGGCGAGCACAGCGUAACGAGAAGGCUCGGUACGACACGUUGGUGAAGACGUCCACGUACCGGCUGCUUCCUGCCGCCGUCAACACCUGCAACACGACAUCGUCGUCAGGACCCACCAGGAUUUCGCACCCGUUUGUUCCAAAAAAGCAAUAAGCGUGACUUUUUUUCAAAAACAAAGUGCUUGUGCUCCGUUACUGUACAAAAAGGCAAGUAUGCAUUUUACUCGAGAGAGAGAGAGA